AUGGGGACUGGUAAAGCAACUGCAGUCCGAGGUAUGUUAUCACAAUUCGGUAUAAGUUUUAUAGCAAUACAGGAAACACAAUUUGUUGAGUUAUCGGAAAGAAUCAUAAGAAGUUUUUGGGAUAAAUCAUCUUUUGAGUUUUCAAAAGUGAAUUCGGAAAGUCGGUCAGGGGGGUUGUUAUCAAUGUGGAAUCCUAAUGUGUUUAACAAGGAACAAGAAGUCAAGAGUCAAAAUUUUAUCUUAGUAAAGGGGAAAAUUAAAGGGGAACAAGAAGAUUUGAUAAUUGUAAACGUAUAUGCAUCGACAAAUCAGAGUAGAAGAAGACAAAUGUGGGAUGAGUUGUUAAUGCUGAAACAAACAAUCCAAGGUAGAUGGAUAAUGUUAGGAGACUUUAACGAAGUACGGAUACCCGAAGAAAGGUUCAAUUCACAAUUUUACGUCAUAGGAGCUAUAUGUUUCAAUAAUUUCAUACGAAACGGUGGAUUCCAAGAAUAUAAUAUAGGUGGGAAACAAUACACUUUCAUGUCUACUGAUGGUAGGAAUCUCAGUAAAAUCGAUCAAGUAUUGGUUUGUGGUGAGUUUAUGGCAAAAUGGCCCGAUGCGUCACUAAUGGCCUUAAAUAGGGAGAUAUCAGACCACAGUCUACUGAUACUGAUGACCACAGUGAACAGAUUCGGACCAACGCCAUUCUGA